AUGGACGGAAUCACCUUGAUUGACCGUUCUCGACACAGCUUCGGCAUGUAUCAUGAUUCGACUCGUAGAGACACUCCCAUUCACCAUGCUUCUUACGCUUCGACGUCCUACCCGACUCGCUAUCCUGCGUCACAUUCACCACCAUACAAUCAUGCUGAAAGCAACAAGCCUUCUUUGCCUUCAUUGAGAUCCGUCCUUGGAGAGUCAGGCAUGAGCCCACCAGCAACGCCCCCAACUCAAGGUCAUCCGUUACAACCAUUGCCUAGAGAGCCAACAUACGACCACCAGCCUUCAUACAAACCCGCAGCUCUCUAUCCUAACAAAAGAACACGAACUGACUCGGGAUGGGAUACCCGCACACCUGAAAGAACAUUUCCUGAUGCCGCUCCUACGAAUCUUCCUUACAUCCAAACACGCCACGAGGAGACGAGACCGCGUUCGCAGUUCGAUCUGCCCACUCCAUCUAGUCGAAGUCCCAUCAUUCACAGCCAUCACGCCUCACCAGACCUUCGAGGCCAAAGGACUGAUCUGCCCAGAACCUACCCAAGUCCUGCUAUUCCUCGGUCGGACGUUUAUGCUACUGCCGAUCCCAUAUUAACGGCUCGUAACCGUUCAAGCAUGUACAGCAAUGCUUCUUCAGUUUCACAGGACGAAGAAAUGCGUAGACACUCAGGCUACGGCGAAUAUCAACCUCAGCCUACUCGCGAGAGAUAUGCUGUCGAGCCUCAACGUCAAUCUUAUAUGCCUGCUGCAGCAAACAGUAUGCCUCGUGAAGAGUACCCGCCAGUAGCCAGACUCGACGUUCCUCAAGCUUACGGCAACGCUCCGUACCCUUACUCUCACGCUUUCUUCGUUCCGUCACACUACGAGUAUCAGAACGGAAAGUCAAGGAAGAGAAGCAAUCUCCCCAAGCAAUCGACAGAAAUCAUGAAGCGAUGGUUCGACGAAAACAUGCACAACCCGUACCCCAGUGAGGAGCAAAAAAGGCAUUUCGCCGCCGUUGCUGGCAUCAAUCUGACUCAGGUCAGCAAUUGGUUUAUCAACCACAGGCGAAGAUGCCCCGAGCUCAGAGAAAAGCGCGACAAGAGUCGUGCUGGAAGCCGUGACGACGACAUGCAAUGA